AGGAAGAAGACCGGUGACGUGAUCAUCCAGCGCCUGACGAGGUUGCCGUUUAGCUAGCGAUGUUAAGUGAUGUGUCGAAAAGCUCGUAUACGCACUUUGCGUGUCGUCUCUGUUAUUUAGUUUUCUUGCCUUGAUAUAUCCGAUUCAGAUCCACAAACGAAAGAGACCUGUGUCGAUUUGGGGAAGAUGUACUGUUAAGAUUGAAAUGAAAAAAUCUGAUACAUGACACAUUGGGGGCGGUGGGGAGUCGGCAUUGACCAGCAGUAUGAACAUAGCCUUCGUGUCGGUGUUGUCGUGUCUGCUCCUCGCUUGCUCUUACGUUGGGAGUUUGUACGUGUGGAGGAGUGAACUGCCCAGGGAUCAUCCGGCUGUCAUCAAACGGCGAUUCACCAGCGUGUUAAUCGUCUCAGGCCUGUCACCUCUUUUUGUGUGGGCAUGGAGGGAAUUCACAGGCAUCAAGAUGGUGCCAUCACUCCUGGCGAUAAUGGGGAUCCGCUUUGAAGGCUUAGUACCUGCCGUCGUCCUUCCUCUUCUGCUUACCAUGGUCCUGUUUCUUGGCCCCCUAACACAGUUGGCUAUGGACUGUCCCUGGAGUUUCAUGGAUGGCCUCCGGGUGGCCUUUGACCCGUGCUUCUGGGUCAUGUGUUUCAGCGACAUGCGGUGGUUGAGGAACCAGGUGGUGGCGCCGUUAACCGAGGAGCUGGUGUUCAGGGCCUGCAUGCUGCCAAUGUUGGUGCCCUGCGUGGGCCCAGCUGUUGCCAUCUUCACAUGCCCGCUCUUUUUUGGAGUGGCUCAUUUCCACCACGUGAUUGAGCUGCUACGUUUCCGGCAAGGGACGCUGUCAGGAAUCUUCCUCUCGGCAGUGUUCCAGUUCUCCUACACAGCCGUGUUCGGGGCCUAUACAGCGUUCAUCUUGAUGAGAACGGGUCACCUGGUGGGUCCGGUACUGUGCCACUCCUUCUGUAACUACAUGGGUUUCCCCGCCAUCAGUGCGGCCCUGGAGCACCCCCACCGUCACGCUGUCCUUUCCUCUUACCUGCUCGGGGUCCUCCUCUUCUUCUUUUUUCUCUUCCCCUUGACUGACCCCUCUUUCUACGUCCCCCCCACUCCGCUGUGCACCUUGGCCUUUUUCUCCAGUGCCCUCUGCCUUCCCUCUUCUUGAUCCUUGCCACUCUCUCUCUCUCUCUCUCUCUCUCUCUCUCUCUCUCUUUCUCUGUCUGCCCUUCACCUUGGUCCACAGAGGUCGAGGAUUAAGAUGAUACAGAGCUCAGGUCCGCUCCCCUUAAAGACAGCACGUGCUGUGUUUACUUUACACGAGUCUGGAGUGUUUCGGAGGCAAACCUGGACUUCCUCCAUCGGCGUCAGGCACGAAUCCAUUUGAGCGUCGGGGAGGCUCCAGCAGGCAAAUGAAUCACCGUAAAGUUUGCUUUGCAACGGCAACAGAAAGAGACGAUAAGUCUAGUGUUGUGUGUCGACGCCAGAUGAUGAUUGUAUUUUUUUUUUUUCAAGACUCGCUCGGAGGGAGCGCUGACGUUCCUCAAGUCACUCAAACAAGUGAGAUAGAUGCGGCCUUCUGUGCUUUCAGGGUAGGCAAGCGUUUUAUAUUGUGAUUGUGACCACUACUUUGUUUACUUAAUAAUCCCCAAUAGGGAAUAUCAGCGGUGCUUUUGGCAGUAAGAACUUAAAAAAAAAAAAAAAAAAGCUAUACACUCUAUAAGCUAAACUGGAACUGUGAAGACAAAGUUGGCUGCUUGAGCAAUAGAGAUUCAUAUGGAUGUUUUUUUUUUGUUUGUUUUUUUUAAAGGGAGAGGUGGUCAGUGUUUGUUGUCGGUUGCUUUGUGUGAGGCCGACACUAGAAGGCAUCAGAGAGCCUCAGGUUUUUGUCUUGCCUGCAAUGGUGCCAGGACGUAGUGAGGAAAGUGCCGAACGUGGGCCAUUACUCAGAAACGCUAUUCAUCAAGAGCUGUGUCACCGUUCCUGGCUGAUUGAUGGUACAGUUACAAGAGGCGCCUCCAUGCCAAGAUAAACAUUUGCUGCAAAUAAAUUCAGUUAGUUCCAACCCAAUAAAAAGUGGCACCUGUCCCUGACAUCAUUAUGUGUUAUAGCACCUCCUAAAGCGCCGUUCUUUUGAGUCUCACUUUGUCCUUGGCACUCUUUGACUUGUACAUGACUGUCACCGACCACUUUUGUAUAAAUGAUCAGGUAGGGUGGGUGGGGUUGGGGGGUGGGGGGCAAAGACACUGAAAUCUGACUUGGCUUGCUUUGGGUUUGAGAUGCAAAGUGUGUGUAAUGAUAUUCAGAGGAAUCUAUUUUUGCAAAGCUUGAGCAGCUCUGUUACUUUCCUCGAGGAGAAGGAAGAAUUCCAAAUGUGCUAAUCGACAUUGAGCGCAGCGCAGCGCUGUUUUGUUUUUGUUUUCUUCCUAUUUUGUGAGUGCAGAGAAUGCGAAUGGAUAUCGAGAGCCUGUAUAUUUCAAGUAGUUUUACAAGUACACUCUUUGACACAAACCAUGGCUGUUUAAAAAAAAAAAAAGUCAGUUUGUAAAUAAAUUUUAUAAUACGUCUCUU